CACCUUUGUCACGGAUUACAUUGAAACUAAAAAGCAAAUCAGAGUUGCUUCAGCUGGUGGUGGUUACUAUAAUCAAGGUACUCGAUCUCGUCCUAGAUUUCAUACACAUUCAAUAGUUGACAUUAAAAAAUGUGGCCACACUAGUUGAGUAGAGAGAAUGAACAAUGAAGAGUGUUGUACUGAGUGUUCUGUUAUUGCUUUGGAUAAAUAUUUUUACGUGUUCCGGAGAGUAUGAGGCGGUUUCAGAUAAAGAAUAUGCAUCUAUGCCAGUGUUAUUCCAUUUGGACAAUUAUGACCAAUGCAUGCUACUUGAGGAUGAAGCAUUAUUUUGUACUUUCACAUUCAAGUUGCAACCAACAAGUCAGAACAGUUCUGUAUGGCAAGUUAUCCAGAAAACCAUUUCGGACCCUAGGAACUAUAGGCAUGAUCUUCUUAGGCAUGGAAUCUGUGUCCCGACUUCUUGUCCAAGAAUAACAGACGGACUUCAUGAGUUCACAGUAAACGAGACUAUAGAGGCAUGUUAUAAUCGAAAAUACCAAUCUUUGGGUCUGAGGGGAACUAUAAAAGAUUUGAAAUGUGACUCAAGUAGACAAAAUGAAUUUUAUGAUCAAUAUGAUAUCGUUUUUGCGAUAUUUUUCAUAUCCUACACAAUUUUGGUCAUAUUUGCAUCGAUUUACGAGGGCUCAGCAAGGUAUCAGAAAAAAGAAUUUUAUGAAAAAUUGAGCAGUACUUCAACCGGAAAAAUCAUAGCAGCCUUCUCCAUUCCCAAAAACUGGGAACGUUUGAGGUCGACCAAUGAAAGUCCUGAUACUAAAAAACUGAGAUCCAUUCAAGGAAUACGUUUCUACAAUAUGAUAUGCGUCAUACUGUCUCAUACAAUCAUGAUGACUUUCGCUGUGCCAGUAGCCAAUCCAAAGUAUUCCGAAAAUGUAGGUGGAAUUUCACUGGUACAUCAGUGCAUGAUGAUCAUAAGUGUUUCCUGA